AUGGAACAUGCCCAUUUUUUUUUCAUCCUGAACGCGGAACCGUUUAUUCUCUAUUUCUAUCCAUUACAACCUGCUGCUUCUAUCUAUCUAUCUAUCUAUCUCUAUUUAUAUAUAUAUAUCAUUCCCUCUAUAUCUAUCUAUCUCAUUCACUUCAUAUCUAUCUAUCUAUCUAUCUAUCUGUCUACUCUCUUCUCCCUCUUUUCUCUCUCUCUCUCUCUCUCUCUCUCUCUCUUUCUCUUUCUCUCUCUUUUUCUCUCUCUCUCUUUCUCUCUCUCUCUCUUUCUCUCUCUCCCUCUUUCUCUCUCUCUUUCUCUCUCCCGCUUAUCCACGCAUUUUCCUCACCCCGUCGCUCUCAAACACACACAUACACAUAAACAUGAACACUUCUCACAUUACCCUCUCAGCUGUCCAACUUUCUUCCAUUUCUCUCUCUCUCUCUCUCUCUCUCUCUCUCUCUCUCUCUCUCUCAACACACACACACACUUAAUAAUGCCAAAUGCAGUAAUCCUGGACAGCCGAGUGACUACGUCGGACUGGACGGUUGCCAGGGACGCAAAUUCUAUCCCCGACUUCCUUUUCUCCUCUUCACGGCUUAUGUGCUAUUCGCUGAGAGACUUACUCGUUCGCCAUCUUUCUUUUCUUCCGUUUUGA